CUAAGAACGUGAAUCAAGAAGAAAAAAAACAUCUUCCUUGCCCAUCCCGCCCUUUCUAUAGUUUGUCUUCUCCCUCUCCUUCUGUUAGAACCCCUCCCAGACCCAGCGUUAAAUCCUUUCUCGCCGAAGAAGAAAUGGUUGGGCUGGCUCGAAAUGCCCUAGAGCAAUCCCGAAAUUCCAUCGCUGUCCUUCACCUUCGUCCUCGACCUCCCAAUCUCCCCCGAUGGCGAUCUCUGAGCUCCGGCGAGCCCGGCGGCUCCCGCGGUAAGGACAGCGCCGGCAGAGGUGGAGCAGAGGAGCCGGUGAGGAAGCUCGGGGUCCUCCUCCAGGGCGGCCGAUUCCAGGCCUCUCUAUCCCUCGCCAAAGCCCUAAUUCGCUCCAACAAAGCCCUAUUCCCUUCUCCUUUCCACCUCUACCGAGCCCUCUUCCUCUUCUUCCCUUCUCCAAUCCCCUCCGCCGCCAGUCUCCUCGUCGCCGCCUGCGCCCACCUCAAAUUGCCCGACGACGGCCUCCAUCUCGUAUCACACAUUGCCGAGAGCCGCCACCCGUUCCCCUCUCUCGCCUCCUGUAAUCUUCUUCUCGAAACCCUCGUCCCUCUCGGAAGGUGGUCCGAUGCCCAAUCCCUCUUCUCCCAGAUCGUGGCCUCCGGGACCAGUCCUGAUACUUUUACCUAUAACAAGCUCAUCCAGUCCAAGGUCAAAUUGGGCGAUCUCAAUGGAGCAGUGGCAUUGCUGGACCAGAUGGAGAGGAAAGAUCAGCUAAAGCCCAAUGCUUUUACAUACAAUGUCUUGAUCUCUGGUCUGUGGAAGGAGCAUCGAGGGAAGCAUGCUGUCAAGCUGUUUGACGAAAUGCUUGAGAGAAAAAUUGCGGCGACGCAAGUUACGUACAACACCAUGGUUGAUGGAUACUGCAAAGCUGGGAACUUGGAUGCUGCUUUUGGGCUUCGCGAUCAAAUGUUGGAUGCAGGAUUCAAGCCGAACUUGAAAACCUACAAUGCUUUGAUUUCCGGGCUCUGUCGUGCUGCCCGUAUGGAGGAGUGCAUAAGGUUGUUGGGAGAGAUGGAGGCUAAUGGGCUCAUACCGGAUGGGCUUACUUAUAGUAUUUUAUUCGACGAGCAUGCAAAGUGUGGGAAUUCAGAAGUCUCUGUGGCGCUCUUUGAAGAAAUGGCAGGGAAAUGUGGUAAAAUAGGGGACUACACAUGUAGCAUUCUGUUGAAUAGGCUCUGCAAGGAUGGGAAGGUUUCAAAGGUGGAAGGGGCCAUGGAGAGGCUAGUGGAGACGGGCAUGGUUCCGACGACGGUGGCUUACAAUACCAUCGUCGAUGGAUACCGACGGGUUGGCGACCUGGAGGGGGCAUUCGCAGCGGUGAGGCGGAUGGAGUUGCAUGGACUGAAACCAAAUUGUGUAACUUACAAUUCGCUCAUGCAUGGGUUGUGUAAGUUGCAGAAGAUGGCUGAGGCAGAGGAAUUGGUGAUGGAGAUGGGAAAGAAUGGAGUGGCCCCGAGUGUGGAGACUUACAAUAUCCUGAUUGAUGCCCAUGGACGGGCUGGCCGGUUCGAGAGGUGUUUAGAAAUUCUUGAUGAGAUGCCAGAGAAGAUGGGGCUUAAGCCAAAUGUGGUAUCCUAUGGCUCUCUUGUGAAUGGCUUGUGCAAGAAGGGAAAACUCCUCGAAGCAGAAGCCAUCUUCCAUGACAUGGUGAAUAGAGAAAUUUCACCCAAUGUGCAGGUCUGUAACAUGCUUAUUGAUGCAUAUUGUGAAGAAGGUAAGUUCCAGAAAGCCCGUGCGCUGAUUGAGGACAUGAAGGGAGGAGGGAUCUCUCCAAGUGUCGUAACUUAUAAUACUCUCAUAAAAGGUCUUUGUAAAGAAGGGCGUAUAUCUGAAGCUGAAGAACUGACCCUUUGUCUAGAAGAUGGUGGUCUGAGGCCCGAUGUAGUUACAUGCAAUAUAAUGAUCUCGGCACACUGCAACGGCGGCAAUACACAUAGAGCUUUGGAGGUAUACGAAGAGAUGGAGAAGUUAGGAAUCAAACCAACUCUAAUCACAUAUCGUGCAUUAAUAAGUGCAAUGUGUAAUGAAGGAAGGAUGGAAGAAGUUGAUAAGUUACAUCAGCAGAUGUUGCAGAGGAAUAUGGCUCCUAAUAGAGGCAUUUAUAACUUACUUUCACAUGGGUAUGCAAAAUGUGGAGAUGAACGCAAGGUUCUUUCUUUACAGAAAGAGAUGGCCGAGAAGGGCAUAUUAACUGAAGAGAUGAGAAGAAAUAAUUCGGUAAUGGAUAAAUUUGCAGUUCAGGUGUGAGUGACAUAUUGCUUGAUAUAGAAUUAAAGACUUAAACCAGCAGUGUUGCCGGUAAUUUGCUGUUCAAAGGGUUUCCCAAGCUAAAUGAUUGCCUUCAAUACCUUUUCCAUGUCAAGCAUGACAAGCAUUCUCUUGUCAGAAAUUUAAGUCACCACAACACACUCAAAAUUUCACAUCUGUCAUCCUUGAGCAAAAGGGUUUCUAAUGAAGCAAGCCACCAUAUCUAGCUUAACUCUGUGAGCAAUAUGUUUAUAAAAAUGCCAGUCUUUUUCCAACAGUGCGUUAUUGUUUCUCCAUGCCCAUUUUGCUGAGAAACACUGGAUUUUUCAUCACCACCUUGAUAUGCUAUAGUGACAGCCAGACAAAGGACCAUGAGAAUCCAGUUUAUUUUGGGUAUGUAUAUCUGACCAUAAAUCCACCUUGAUGUCUGGACAACCUUGACACGUGGAAAACAACCCAAAGCAUGACACUGCUUGACAAUUCAGAAUGUUGCUGAGAUGAUGGCUUGGCUAGCAACUAUAGCAGCAAGAGUGGC